GUGUUUUCGGCUUUUAUCUUAUCGUGAUAACUGAUAAGUCUUAUCAGGUAUCUGACUAUCAGUGCGACAGUCGAGUCCGAACGCAGCAAAUAUGUGUUUUUAGUUUAUGUUUUUUAUUUGGUUGAGCAAUGAGCAACCCCUCCCAGAGCCGGCCCUACCAAGGUUACCCGUACUCCGAGCCAGCCUUCAUCGUCGCCCCUUCCAUCUCCGCUGACGAGGCCAACAGAUGGCAGCACCUACCCAGGAGACCCGUCAAACCCAUGCAACCAGGGUCCUCCUCGUCCAAGGAUACGCUGACUGUCACAAAGAAUGGAGAGAAGACAGAGGAGCGUCCAGUGAUAUACAUAAAUAUACCCGAAGAUGAGGGCACGGCAUCUGCGAGUGCAGAAGAGAGACAGAUAGAGAUAGCAGCAAUAAGCGAGCCAGCGCAAAUAAGCCGACAGAAGGAGGAUGAGCCAGUAGUAUACAUAGACAUACCAGAGACAACAAACGCCAGACCCGCAGAGGGAGCCAGCCGAAGUCAUUUCGUCGAGGAGACGAUAUUCUACGAUCCCUUUGAAAAUAGGAGAAUAGAUGUGAACAAAAGCGAUAGAUCCGGUGGCGAGGGAGAUUCCACACCCGACAGUCCCGCCAGUCUGAGAUUGCCAACGUAUACAGUGGAAUCAAUAUCUCAAGAUCGCCAAUCCCCCCACUCGAGUAUUCCUCCGCUAAUGUCCAAAGAGGCUUACAUCUACGCGCAGCAGCCACCCGUUGAUGAUGGGCUCCGACUGUCACCAUUGCCCGUGUCGUCCCCCUCGGAGUACCCUGACUCUCCACCAGCGUAUACGGAGGUGGAUGAGAGGAGACAGACCGAGUUGCCGAGAACACAAGUCGUCGUAUCAGAGAGUGCCGUCGUGGCGCGAGAGAACGCGAAUCGCAAGUUGAUCCUGUGCCCGUACUGCGGACGGCGCGUGCUGACGCUGGUGGUGCGGGAGUCCGGGAUACUCACACACGUGCUGGGCACCAUAUUCCUGUUCGCUUGCUUCCCGCUUACCAUCUGUAUCUACUGUACGGACUGGUGCAAGUACCGCAACCACUACUGCCCUCAGUGCAACAACCUCAUCGCCUACGAGGUGCCCAUCCUGUGCCAAGAUAUGGUCUACAACAAGGUCUAAGGGUCACCGCAGAUAUACAAUUUCAAGUUGGCCGACUAUCGUACAACUAAAUUCCGUAGUUUCACAAUUUAAUUGGACAACUUUUUAAUUGUGGGUAAUCGGAAGGGAAUCGCGGUUCUGAUACGAUUGCUGUCCAAUUAUUUAUUGUACACUUUAGUUGGAUGCAAUGUGCGAGCUC